UUGAUGUGUUCCCAGAUGGAUUAUGCUAUGAAGUCCCUCAGCCUUCUGAAUCCAUCCACCCUCUCAAAGGUUGUAACAUCCAGUGUCUCAGCCAGUGCUUCCAUGACCCAGCAAAUCCUGACAGGACGAGUUCCUCGGCCAAAGCCCUUUAGAGUCACCAUUGCAGAUCGCAGUGUGAAGAAAGGCAUUAUGGCAGAAGCACUAGUAGACCUGAUGAACAAGGUCAGCGACUCACUGAGUUUACAGUGUGUCAGUGCUUUAGUUCUGGAUGAGGAUGGCACAGGGGUGGACACAGAGGAGUUCUUCCAAACACUACCAGAGAAUGCUGUUCUAAUGGCGCUGGAGAAGGGAGAGAAGUGGACCCCACAUCCAAAUAGUCCUUCCAGAUAUCAGUCCAUAGAUCGGCAGCAGCACCGCACAGAUGUGGCCAAGCUGACUUUGGACCUUUACAAAAACAACCCCAAAGAUUUCAUCGGGUGCCUGAAUGUGAAAGCGACCCUCUAUGGUGCUUAUUCCGUGUCCUAUGACCUGCGAUGUUACGCUGCCAAAAAGAUGUUGAAGGAAGCUCUACGAUGGACCAUCUUCUCCAUGCAGGCCACAGGCCACAUCCUGCUGGGAUCAUCCUGCUACAUUGAACAGCUGCUGGAGGAAGAGGAGCAAGCAGAGAAAAACCUGGCACUGCCACAGGAGAGCCGGAUCAGGCAGCUGCAGAGCAUGCUGCUUGGAAAGAUAACAUAUUGA